GCAAAAGCAGCGUGAAUGCUGAUGAAAGUGGAGUUGCAGCCGACUGCCGCCGACUGCGCUAGACUAGACCCAUCAUUGCGGAAUACCCAUCGUAGGAUUGGGGACGCAAAGGUGCUUCUGGAAGGCUGAUGUUGCUGCUUCGAGGUGCCUGACUUGACUCGACGUAUCGGAACCUCGUGAAACUGGGAACCUUCACGCGCGACCAAUGCUCGUGGCGUUGUGUUGUUUCGUGUUCGUUGCUGAGAAACUCGCUAACUCGGAACCACCCGUCUCCGCUCGGAAGAAGAGCAAUAAUCCGCGUCCCUUUUGACGCUUGAGACUCGUGAAUGGUUACACCUUGUGUCAAUCACCUAGAAGAUUCGUGAUUAGCAGUGAGUUUAGAUUGAAUGGUUGGGGUGAGGAGGUCACUAAUGGCGACUAGAUCUAGAAUACUUUUCCUCAAGCACGUUUUGGGAGGUUUUGUGAAGUGGUUGGAAUGAGAGGGUCUUACUAUAUGACGGAAUUUAGAAUUUGCGGCUUGGGAUGCAGUUGUUGCAACUUCACGCGAUGAGAUUGUAGGAUGAUGCGUUGUAUGCUUGCAUUGGUGAGGGUGGAUUACUGGGGAAUGUUUGCUGUCUGGGAAGCGCUUCCGUGAAGAAAAUUCGUAGCCAGAAUCCUGUGGCAGGAUGGAUCUGGGAGCAUCUUGACGAGGUUUGAGCCUGUUGCCGGUUCCAGCUUGAUUCCAAUUUGGGCUCAAUUUUGUAUUUAUUUCGGUGAAGCAUUCUGACGGAACAAUGGACGAAGAUCAAUUUCCUUUGCUCUCACAGCAUUUGAAACCUGAAGAACGAGGAGUUUCCAGUCCCAGGUUUUCAGGAAUUAGUAUCCUUGUCGGUAAUCCAAUGGGUUCUAUCAAAGAACUCCACAAAGAGGUCUUUGUGAAGAUUCCCAUUUCUACGCAAUUAGCGAAAAAUUUUAGCCGUUUUCACAAUGAGUCUCCUGAUUCGGUGCUGAAAAACGAGUUGGACGAGGACGGAGACUUUAUGCGGAUGCAGAAGGCUUUGGACCUUCUCCCAAAUGUGCCCACACUCGGGAAACAACCUUCCAUGGACCCGUUCGUCAACACAACGCCGAACAUAACUGGAGUAUACGAGACAGUGAAGACGGUCCUUCUAGCGCCAGUGGCGGUGGUUCGGAUGCUGCUGAUUGGGUUGCUUCUCUUGGUGGGAUUUUUAAACACGAAAGUGGCGCUGAUAGGGUGGGAGAAGGGAGGAGUUUUGCAACCAUGGCGCCGCAAGCUGAUGGGGUUCACACGACUCUGCGCCCGCGGCAUUCUGUACUGCUUUGGGUUUUACUGGAUUCGGCGCGUUGGGAAGCCUGCAUGUAAAGACGUCGCUCCCAUCGUUGUGUCGAAUCAUGUUUCAUUCAUUGAUCCCCUGUUCUACUUUUAUGAACUAUUUCCGAGCAUCGUGAGCUCCAAGGCCCAUGACCGUUUCUAUUUGGUGGGGACCAUAAUCCGUUCAAUGCAGGUCAUCCCUGUCGACAAAUUAUCAGCAGAGUCGAGAAAGAAUGCGACUCUCGAAAUCAAAAGAAGAGCGGCAAGCAUGGAAUUUCCGUCGGUACUGUUGUUCCCUGAGGGCACAACAACUAAUGGGAAGGCACUGAUUGCAUUCAAGCAGGGUGCAUUUGCUCCUGGCUUUCCAAUUCAGCCAGUGGUCAUCCGGUACCCCUUUGCCCACUUCGAUAUUUCCUGGGGCGACAUUUCACUGUGUGAUGUGCUGUUUCGAAUGCUUACGCAAUUCACCAACUUCAUGGAGCAGGUUGAGUACUUACCUGUCAUCUACCCAUCUGCGCGGGAGGUGCAAAAUCCCUCUGAAUUUUCCGACCGGGUUAGGGAUGAAAUGGCACAUGCCUUAGGUGUGCCAGUGACCGAGCAUACGCACGGUGAUCUUAUGUUAUCUUUGCAUGCCCGGCGGCUUUGCUUGAAUUCACCGUCGAAUUACAUGGUUGAAUUGGGGAGAGUGGAGAAGGUACUUGGCCUGAGGGCAGGUGCCGUGAAGAUCUUUCUAGAGAAGUUUGCCGCUAUGAAUCCAACUUCUUGCGGUACCGUCAGCUUGAACCAAUUUGUCAAAUGGCAUCAUAUGCCGAAAUGCUGGAUGUCGAAGAAGAUAUUUGAUCUUUUCGACAAAUCGGGACAGGGCUUCACGACUUUUAGAGAGUUCGUGGCGGUAAUGGGAUCAAUCACUAAAAGCAAGGAGUUUAAGAGUCAAAUGAAAGCAGCUUACGAUGCAUGUAACCUUCAAAACAGUGACUGCAUCUCACAACUGGAGCUGGAAAAAUGCCUGAAGUUAAGUAUGCCAACAAUUAGCUCUGCAUACGUGAGGGCGUGGUUCAGUAAGAUUUCUCAGCACGAUGAUGGGGCCAUAAGCUGGGAGGAUUUCCAAGUCUUCUUAGAGACGAACCCAGAGCUAUUGCCCAUUUUCAUGGUGGGAACUUUUUAACUUCGAGCCAGCCUGUGAGAUGGGUUAUCUCAAAGUGGACUUUCUCUCUGUCUUGGCUUGAACUCUACUUUGACAUAGCCCACUUCAAAGGUAACUUGAAUACACUCAAAACGACGUCAAGUUCGCUGUGUACCGGCCCUAUCAACACCCAGGCAGCCCAGAUUGUACUGGUAAUCAGGGCCUAAUUCUUGAUGUCAUCGCUGCCUGUAGAAUGCAAAGACGUGAACAGGGUUCACCAGUGAGGGUGUUUGAUUCCUACCGAAUUAUCGGGACCUUGAUUGUGAGGUUCGUGACAAAUCCGGAACUUGACGUUGAUGGUAUAUUUCGAGAUUCGCUUGAGAGUCGACUGUCAAGUUUGCGUAGUGUACUGAAGAACAUUGUUUAUCAUUUUGGAAUUCUACUGAGCAGACCGCAGUGUCUGGUGAGUUGCAAUGCUUGGGAAACGGAAAGCUCCGUUGAAUUCAACGUCCUACACUCGAAGAAUCAAGCUGCAGCUUUGCGAGUUGAACACAUCGUGACAGUCUAUUACGGUGCUUCAUUAUGUGCAGUAUCGGUGUUCAACAAAUUAGCACCAAUCUAGAACAGCAUUCCGUUGCAAAAGCAGAGAACAAAGCCUAUGUGGUCAUUCUUCACAGAGGACUUUGGUGUGCACCUCUUGUAAACCCAUUACAUUUCUCCUUGAUGUAGAUUGAACCAUGUUUUUAUGAAUUUAAAAUGCCACUGUGACUGGUGUUGUGUA